AUGGUUCCCUCUCUCAUCGCCAUCAUACAACCACUCAGACAGAUUCUCACUACCGCUCUCUCUUGCCAAUUCUCGCAACCACAACCAAUCUCCCAACCCAGCCAAUCUAGCAAAAAUGCAGUUCACCGUCAAGACCGCCCUCGUCCUUGUUGCCCUCGUCGCCUCGGCCGGCAGCGCCAUGGCCCAGGGACCUCGUCAGAUCAGCCACGGCAAGGCCGGCUGCAAGAUUCCCGCCCCGGGCAAGAUCCCCUCGGGCAACGCCCUGGGCCAGUGCCCCAAGAACGACUGCGCCGCCGCCCUCGACCUCCCCAAGUUCUGCGCCCUCUGCAAGAGCGCCGGCGGCACGCCCACCGGCUGCUAAGCUGCGGCGGGCUGCACGAUGGCGGGCAGCAGGUGAAGCUGGGUCGAUAG